CCUCCCUCCCAUCAACACCACACCACACAGCAUUUCAUAUGCAGCAGUAGCCAUCUUCUCCACCUCCUCCUCCCGCCUUCCAGCUAGCCACCUAGCUCACUAUCACAUCAUCCACACCAACUCAUAUUGAUUCCGUUCCCACCUGCUCGCCGUCGCCAUGCCAAUGGGCAGCAGCAGUGCCGCCAUGCCCGCCCUCCCUCCCGGCUUCCGGUUCCACCCCACCGACGAGGAGCUCAUCGUCCACUACCUCGGCAGGCAGGCCGCGUCCAUGCCCAGCCCCGUGCCCAUCAUCGCCGAGGUCAACAUCUACAAGUGCAACCCAUGGGACCUCCCCGGCAAGGCCUUGUUCGGGGAGAAUGAGUGGUACUUCUUCAGCCCCCGGGAUCGCAAGUACCCCAACGGCGCGCGCCCCAACCGCGCCGCCGGGUCCGGGUACUGGAAGGCCACCGGCACCGACAAGGCCAUCCUGUCCACGCCGGCCAACGAGAGCAUCGGCGUUAAGAAGGCGCUCGUCUUCUACCGGGGCAAGCCGCCCAAGGGCGUCAAGACCGACUGGAUCAUGCACGAGUACCGCCUCACCGCCGCCGACAACCGGACCACCAAGCGCAGAGGAUCCUCCAUGAGGCUGGAUGACUGGGUGCUGUGUAGGAUCCACAAGAAGUGCAACAACUUGCACAACUUCUCCUCCUCUGACCAGGAACAGGAGCACGAGCAGGAGAGCUCCACCACCGUGGAGGACUCGCACAACAACCACACCGUGUCGUCGCCCAAGUCGGAGGCCUUCGACGGCGACGGCGACGACCAGCUGCAGCUGCAGCAGUUCCGCCCCAUGGCGAUCGCCAAGUCGUGCUCCCUCACCGACCUGCUCAACACCGUCGACUACGCCGCGCUCUCGCACCUCCUCCUCGACGGCGCCGGCGCCGGCGCCUCGUCGUCGGACGCCGGAGCAGACUACCAGCUGCCGCCGGAAAACCCGCUCAUCUACUCGCAGCCUCCAUGGCAACAAACGCUACACUAUAAUAACAAUAACAACGGCUACGUGAACAUCGACACCAUCGACGUGCCUCAGAUACCCGAGGCCCGUGUAGAUGACUACGGCAUGAAUGGCGAUAGGUACAACGGCAUGAAGAGGAAGAGGUCCAGCGGCAGCUUGUACUGCAGCCAGCUGCAGCUCCCGGCGGAUCAGUACAGCGGCAUGCUGAUCCAUCCGUUCCUCAGCCAGCAGCUGCACAUGUGAAGAACCAGAGAGCUUGGAUCGAAGAGAUCAUCGUUGUUCCAUUUGAAUUUGCUGUAGAUCGAGGAGAUCGCCCGUUGUGGCAGAUAGGCAGGGAUCUAGCUUGCUUGCUGCGUCGUGAACUCCCAACCGAUAAGAACGGACAAAUUUCAGAAUUCUUGGUGUAGCACAAAAGCUGUAAAUUACGGGGUUUAUUGUGAAAUAAAUUAAUCCAGUAUUGUUA